AUGGACGGAUCGAGAGGCGGUUUGCUCCUGGUGAUCUUGGCGGUCGCGUGGCUGCAGCCUUCGCUCGGGGUCAAGGACCACGUGGCGAACGAGACCGACCAGGAGGAUAUCGCCAACGAGGUGUCCUUCAUCGGCGACGAUUAUUUGGAUCAUCCGCAUAGAAUGCCAGGGAAGCCUAGUAAAUUCGACUUGAACGUGAACCAGGUGAUACAGACGGACGACGAGUCGCAGUAUCAGAUCGAAGCUAGCCGAUUGGAGAACGCCACGGCUUAUCCGGCCUCCGAUAACUGUCGCAACGAUUCCGCUGGCGCUUGCUCAUCGAAGACGGAUCUGUUGCGGCUGAUGGAUCAGCUGGUCAGGACGGGAGACGAUAGCGCGAACGGUACCGCGGGGAUCGCUGGGACCGAAGAGGAUUCGGCUCCCGUCGCGAGGAAGGACGAAAAAGGUAACGACCGGCCGGACGCAAGCCUUGUCGAUAAAUCUCGCCGGUACGCCAGGGAACGCGUAGUAAAGAUACGCCUGAGCCAGGGCUCGGUGUCCUCUAGAAAAGCUAGAACCUUCUUCAACGCGUUUGGCCUGAAGAAGCUGCUGCUGCCGCUGAUAUUCGGCGUGCAGAUCAUUAAGAGCAUUCUGCUCGCACUUUUCCUGCCCAGCAUCAUCGGCAGUAUCGGUAAUAUACUCGGUAAAGGUGUCUCGUCGUUCGCGCAAUCGGCGCACACCACCGCGCAGCCGGAAGAGAAUUUCGAGUUCAAGGACAAUUCCGACCUGUACAACGACGACUACUUGACUCGACAGCCGGUCGGCACGCUGCCCGCAUCCGCGAUGUACGACGAAACGAUGAUGCAGAAGAAUCCGGACAUCUCGUCGCGGUACACGUUCGUUAAUCCCGGUAUGACGCACGCGAACGCGAUCUCGGAUCGCUAUUACACUCGUCACGUGGCCGUGAACGGGCUCUCUUCCAGUAAAAAGCAAGACUUCAAGGUGUUCCACGAGAUCCCGACGAGCUCGCUGAUGCUGACGAACUACGACCCGUUUUACUCCCCGCUGUUGUCGCGCCUGGACGCGGUGUUCUCGCGACUGGGCCACACGACGGAGGGUUGCCGGGAGUACACGGUGUGCGCGAUGUACCGGAGCCCGGCCAGGUACGCGCCGUACUCGAAUCUGGUCUCCGCGCAGCUGUCGAGGGAGCUGAACGAGCUGCGCAGGCCGAGCAGCGACAACCCGGACGUCCUGCGGUUCUUCCGGUACAUGAAGGCCGCGAAGGACGGCCAGGACGGCGUGAAAUGCGAGGAAGCGUACGCGAACUGCGCCGUCGCCAGGGACGACCAGACUCUCAGGCAGAACCAGGCCAUCCUGGCGACCUACCAGGACAUCGACAAGCUGGUUCACGCGAGGAACCUGUAAGAAGACGGCUGGGAUCCCUCAGGAAUCUUCUAACCGGCGUCCAAUCGCCGAGAAAUCGACUCCAGGACCGAAAAACCCGAUCGGAGGACAUUCCUCAGAGUCCCAGCUAGACGACGAGCUAAUCGCUAGCGACUCCGUUUUGCUCCGUUGAUUGCACGCUGGUAUGCAGACGAGUA